UACAUUCCUUGUAACUACGACUGACCAACUUUGCGUCACAUCUUGUUAGAUAAUGAAGCACAUCAAGUGUUCGAUAAAAUGCCUAACCAUUUGCAUCAAAGUGAGUAUAUGUUUCUUUCUUUAACAUUAACAGUGUUUGUCUACCAUCCUGUUUCAUUUUGAUGCGUCAAACUUCAACCAACUGUUCGAUAAAAGGUCUCACCCAAUUUGCAUCAAACGCGUAUAUCUUUCUUUCUCAACAUUAUUUGUCUACCCUGCUGUUCCAUUUUGGUGCAUCAAACUUCAAUUGACAUAAUUAUGUUCUCCCAUAGCCACAAAUUAGUUCAUUAAACCAUAAAACAUACUUCUGUCUGGAAUUCAAUUUGGUUUUAAGAAUGUCUGGAUUCUCAAUUGCUGAAUUCUUAAGGAGGUUACUUUGUGGGGGACCAGUGGCUUUCUAUUCCCUUUCUAUUUUUGGCUUCUGUUUAUUGAUCUUGGUUGAUGUCCAUUUCAUUCUCCGACAACCCUGGAUACCCUUGUCUGAUGUUUUUGUUUAAUAGAUUAAUGCUGCAUUUUUUAUUGAAGAAAGGACGUUGCUUUGGAUCCUAACUAUUUAAUGCAUUUAGAACAGCCCUGCUCACCACCACUCAGGGUUGGUAGUGGCUGUAAAAUUCUAAAAUUUGUAUAAUAAUAGAACUCAGUCAUUACAUUUUCUUCCUGAAUUAAUUAAUUCCGUCUGUUGAGAUUUUUAGAUUGGGCAGUUUAUAUGAUUUGAGGACAAAAAUGUAGCCACAUGAGACAAAAGAGUCAUCUUUAACAUCCUUCUUUGUAAUCAAUCAUGCUCGUUUUAACUCAAAAUAUUAGCUUAUUGAGUGAAAUUAUCAACAUACUUAGUAAUUCAUACCCCUAGUCGCCAUAGUUACUUGAUUUAGUUUUUUUUCUUCCCCCAUAAUUGUGCAGUGGUUACAUAGGUUUCAUUCUCUUGGUAAAUGAUGAUGCACAGACAUUAUUAUUAUUAUUCUUGAGGUGCUCUCUAUAAUAUAAUAUUGUUUAGUUUGUUUUAUGUAUAUGUUGGUUUUCAGAUUAGUCUUUUUCAAGCAUAUUGAGGUCAGUUGAACAUUAUAGCUGAUUUGAAGUGAAUAAGAGAAUAUGUCUAUUCAAAAAUACAUCAGCAUCUUAAUCAAGGACCCACUAACAUAAGAUUACUACUAUGCAAUUCAACUUUCUGCAUAAAGUAUGAGUUUUUGAGGAAGCAGUUAGUAUGUAGGCAUCAGAAUGAUGGAUGAAGACAAAACAAAGGCAAGCUAAUCAAAAUCAACAAUCUUUUUUCUAGAAUGUACAGAGAAAAUGCACUUACCAUAAUAUACUUCCCUUUAAUUUGAUUUUGAAGUGCAUGAAUCUACUUGGGUUCUUUAUGUGAAAUACAAGGUUUAUAGAAACUUUCAAGGGCAGAAGACUCUGUUUAUUCUCUUCUUUAACUUUAGUUUUCUGAAUGGCUGCUUUGGAUAAUUAUGGAAUAUGCAUAAACCUCUUUCCAUUUCUGUUUUGAUGUUUACUUCUGAUCAAUUAUGAAUAGAAUGUCCCCAUAUAUGUUUGUAAAAAACCAAUAUCAUGUUUUUGUGAGGCUUAAAAUAAAUAAAGAGGAGGUGGGGUACCCUGCCAAUGCAACACUACACAUAAUGGUUUGCUUGUGGGGGCACAAAAUUCUGUUUGUAUUCUCCUUUUCUCUUUUUGAGGUUUUUUUGAAUAAUAAAUAUAUGUGCUUUGUCUCUUGCAAGACCAACCACAUAUGUAAUUGGCACUGUAAAGAUAUAUAUGCCUACUUGUAGAGGUGUAUAUAUAUGUGUGUGUGUUUCACAGGAGGAAGGCAUUGAUUACUGGACAUUCUGUAUAUUUUGAUAUAGGCUAGCAGCAGCCAUGGAAACUUCUUCACCUCUUUCAGUUGAAAGCUUUUCAUACAGUUGGUUAGUGAACCUAAAACCUUCAUUAGAAAGCCUAGAUAACUCUCUCAGUGCCUCAUUUGAUGCAUCAGAUGAAGCUUCCUUCAUUGAGAUGGACCCAAGAAUGCCACCUUCAAAGAGAUUUCUUAUUGGAAAUUCUCUAGAUUUGAAAUUUGAUUUUCCCACUUCAUCACAAUCUCCUCUAACUCUUGUCGAUGCUGAUGAGAUCUUCUGUAAUGGCUAUGUCAUGCCUCUUUUUGUCAAACAACUAAACAUUGACGAUAUCAGCACACACGAGGCUUCAGAUGAUUCGAGUACUACUCCUAAGAUGCCUGAAGAGAAAUCUGCUAUCCAGUCUAGUAAACUUCGAUGUUCUUCGCUAAGAAGGUGUCGAAGAUUAUCGAAGCAAAUAUUUCGGAAGUACUUGGAUUUUGUUAGGCUGUUGUGUCGAAAAAUUCGGGGUCGCAGAUCAAGUUCUAAACCAGAAAAUGUUGACAAAAGAGUGAAGAAAAAUUGGGUCUAUUCAGCUGAAACAUCUCCUAGAAUCAGUGUGUCAUACUCUGCUGAUGAUUGGCGCAGGUCUUGUGAUUCAGAUUCCUCGAUUUACGAGGCAGUUCUUCAUUGCAAGAGAUAAAUCGAUCGGUAAAAAGGCAGAUUAAAGAGGAUGAGAAACAAGGAUAAGAGCUAGCAAUUCAACUUCACAUGGAGGAAGACAAUGAGAUCAUCAUCAUCAUCCGCUCCUUGGUUUUUUGUCUGUUUAUACAUUUUCUCUGUGAUGAUAAUGUAUCUUUGUCGUUUAAGGAUCCAGGAGCUGUCAAUAUAGUCUCUGCCAUGGAAAAUCCGGCUGUGGAAGAUCAAGAGUUAUUAAGAAUAUAUAUAUAAAAAAAUUCCAUUAAUUUCUUUCUUUGGCCUUUUCUUUUUGGGAAGAACAUGAUACAGAGAAUCUCUCCCUCAUCUGUGUAAAUUGAUCAAAAUAUUAG